AUGUCUCGUGCCUUAAUAGCUGCCGUCUUAAUCGAGUCGAGCCUGUUGCUCCCACCCGUCGCUCUCGGCGAUGCCUCGGCGACCAGCUCUGGCGACGGCGACAGCGACGGCGACAGCAGUGCCGCUCGCCACACUUCGCGCGGCGACGGGGCGACGGCGCGCACCAUGGAUUACAUCUCGGACGAUCCCUCCGCGGCUAACUUCCCCGGUCCGCCGCGCGUGUCCACCAACUCAUGCGCGCGCCCAUGCAAGGUGCCGAACCCGCCGAUCGUCAUCAACGUGGGGUUCGAGCGCGACAUUCUGCGUCGCGCCACGCUCCCCAACGACACGCUCGUGACCAUGCUGCUGUGGAGCAACGUGCGCCUGACACGUGGACUAGUGUUCGGAGCCAACUUCUCGUGCACCAUCUUCAACUCCACGCGCCCCGGCAGGCUCACCAUCUCGCUGCCCAACACCGCCACGCCAGUCCUGGAGCUGUUCAACACGCACAACGUGCUCGUGCACGGCAUCAACUUCCACAUCCCCGUGAGGGACUCCGACACCACCAUCUGCCGCUUCCCCAACAUCGACCAGGUGCGAGACAUCUACAUCGGGCGCUACUCCUGCCCGGCCAUCUUCCUCUUCCGUGUCUUCGCCGUGCAAGUCACACAGGGCAUGGUGCACGGACGGAUUGAUGUCAUGCGCGCCGCGUACUCGCGAAUUGACAACAUGCGAGUCACUGUGAAUCCUGCCAAUUGGCCGGCAGCCAUCCGUGUGUCCUACUCUGGGCAUGGCCCGACCCUGCAGCGCUCCAACGUAUGGAUUACAAACAAUGAGCUGUUUUCCGGAGGGGAGGGGCGGGAGCAGGCGCAGCGGGCGCGCGUGGGGAUCAUGAUCUUGUGGGGCGGGAUAGGGGUGAACGUGAUGAAUAACCGCCUGCACGACUUUACCCUCGCGGGGAUCCAGAUGGGCCAUGGCAUGAACAACGUGGGCGAUGCCAUGUUGACCAAAGUGGCCUACAAUGAGAUUCGGCACGACUUUGGCGAGACAGGGGCGAACACGCGGCUGGACAACAGUGGGAUUUACUUUGACACGCACUGGGUGAACCCUGGGAACUACCUGCGCUGCAACUAUGUGUACCGUGGUGGGCACUGCCUGUACAUCGACUGGGUGUCCAGUGGGGUCAUCUCGGAUGGGCUUGUGUGCGACCAGACAGCUGAUGGGCUCAAGCUCAACUCUGGAAAGAACAACAUGAUACUGGGCAUGGUGAUGAUCAACACGACGCAGUUCUCAGUGGGGUACAUCUCAUGCCAGAACAACCACCUCAACAACUGUGAUAACUACGCCGGCCCCAACUGGAACCGCCUCCUCAAAACCUACUUCCAGACGCCCGAGAUUCGAUGGAAUUAUCCUUAUCUGACCAACUUUUGUGGGAAGAACCGCAUCAACGGCAUUGACUGCAACAACGGCACAGAUGCUGCUCACAGCCGCGCGGUCACAUCUGGAUGCAGCGGGCUUCCCACUGAGAACUACGCAGAGCUAGUUUCUGCCACCCCGUCAGGCUCUCCAAAAUAUGUCAUCUACAUGCCCAACUGUGCGCCCUUCCCUUCCGUGCCUGCUCUCAACCGCAUGCGGUAUUUUGCCACGAGUAUCGACAAAGCAGGGUUCAGGGAUUCUAAGAAUGGGGAUUUUGGGCUGAGGAGCAACUCCGAUCUGCCAUCAACACCCAUCCCAUUUCAACCCGUCUUCCUCGUCGCGGCUUUCCAUCCCCCCUUCAUACCUCCCCCAUCCCCUCUCCCAUCCACCUUCUCUCAUCCCCCCUCCCAUCCCACCUGUCCCAUCCCCCAUCUGCCAUCCUCCCGCUCCCAUCCCCCCUUCCCCUCCCCCUCCCAUCCAACCUUUCCCUCCACCUCCCACACACCCCCCUGUCGCACCCAUUCCUUCCCAUUCCUCCUUCCCUAUCCACCCUCCACUAACCCUCCUCACACUUCCCCCAUCUCUCAUUCCCCAUCCCCUGCCCCCUCUCCCCUACGCCGCUGCGCGCAGGAUCUGUGCGUGCUGCUAUUCACCUCCAGCCGCGACCCGGGCAUAGUCCCGCGCAACACACAGCCCCCCGAGCCGGACGGUGACGUGGAGGCGCCGCGGCCGUCGGGAGGGCGGCGGCUGCCGCGGACGAAGGACGUGGUGAUAAAGGGCAAGACGGUGAAGGUUAAAUACUGCGACACCUGCAUGCUGUACCGGCCGCCGCGGUGUUCGCACUGCAGCAUCUGCAACAACUGCGUGGAGAGAUUCGACCACCACUGCCCCUGGGUGGGCCAGUGCAUCGGCAAGCGCAACUACCGAUUCUUCUUUCUCUUCGUGUGCUCCACCACGGCGCUCUGCAUCUAUGUCUUCUCACUCUCCGCCUACCUCAUCAAGGUGCUCAUGGACAAUGCGUACGAGCCGGGGGGGGAGACGCGCACGGUGUGGCAGGCGCUGGGGCAGGCGCCCAUGGCGGCCGUGCUCAUGGCGUACACCUUCCUCGCCGUCUGGUUCGUUGGGGGCCUCUCCGCCUUCCACCUCUACCUCAUGUCCACCAACCAGACGACGUAUGAGAACUUCCGGUACCGGUACGACAAGAAGCGCAACCCCAACAACCGCGGCAUCAUGCGCAACGUGUACGAGGCGCUCUGCUCGCCCAUCCCGCCCUCCCGCAACCACUUCCGCGCCGACCUCCCCGACCCCUCCGCCCCCCAGCCCCCCACAGCCCCCUCCGACCCCCAACAGCCCGAGCUCUCCGCUGCCAUCCCCCCUGCGCGGCGCCACAGCAAGGGGUCUAGGCCCGGGUCGAGAGGGUCGUCUGGGGGAAGGUCUCCUGCGCAGCGGGGGGGGAAAUCGCCUGCGCAGCGGGAGUAUGAUUUGGUGGAGGUGACUAAAUUGAGGGAGGACGAGGGGGGGCAAUUGGCGGAUCAAAUCGUGGAGGCGGGCGGCGUGAUGCCGUCUGGUGCGGGGGUGGCUCGGUCGGGGUCGAGAGAUGGGUCCGGGCGGGAGAGUGGGGGGAGCGGGCGGAAGGGGGGGAAGAAGAAAUCGCAUAGUGGGAAGCUGAGGGAGAAGGGGGAGGGGCGGAAGGGGAAGCAUAGAGAUAGAGGAGAGGGGGAUGGGGCAGGGGAGGGAGUGGAGGGGGCAGUGGGGGUUGGGGAUGUGGUGGGAGGAGGGGGAGGAGGGAUGGGGGGGCAAGUGGCAGUGGAUCUGCAAGGGCAGGAGUACGUGCAGCGGAGGUACAGCCCCGUGCCCGACGUUCCUAGAGACGGGCUCUAG